CUUCCUGAAUAGUAAGUUAAUCAUUUCAGUGCAGAGUUAAAUGUCUGCUCUGCCAGUUUAACGUGUCACUGAUUUCAGAAGACUACAGAGAUGACAAGAACCAAACUCCAGCUAUGACACAGUACUUAACACUCCUGUUAGAAUGUCCUGUUGUAAUUGCUGCCAUUUUUAUCGCUGGGAUUGGUGGAACAUUUCAAUUUGGAUUCAGUGUAUCUGUGAUGACAUCUCCCUCUGGCUUUAUAAAGGAGCUGGUGAACAAAACAUGUCUGCACAGAUACAACAUUUCCUUGGAGCAGUGGCAGGUUUCUCUUAUCUGGUCCUUCACUGUGUCCAUUUUCUGCAUCGGGGGGUUACUGGCUUCACUGGUGGCAGGUCCACUGAUCACAAAAUUUGGAAGAAAACGGUGCCUUUUGUUCAACAAUUUUGUGGCUAUAAGUGGGGCUGUGUUGAUGCUCUUGAGCCAAACAGCCAUGUCCUUUGAGAUGGUCAUGGUGGGACGAUUUCUCUACGGCAUCAAUUCAGGGGUCUCUUUAUCAGCUCACACCAUGUACCUGGUUGAAUGCUCCCCCAAGAUGUUGCGAGGGAUGGUGGGUGUGACCAUUGCUACCUUCAUCUCCUUGGGGAAGUUCUGUGGCCAACUGCUGGGGAUCAGAGAGUUGCUUGGUACACAGGAGAGGUGGCCCUGGCUGCUUGGUUUCAAUGCUUUCACAGCGUUACUCCAGCUCUCCACGCUGCCCUUCCUGCCAGAGUCUCCCAGGUUCCUGCUGCUUGACAGAGGAGACCGUCAGGCCUGCGAGAAAGCUUUUAGGAAGCUUUGGGGCAACAAAGACUAUGGCACUGAGGUGGAGGAGAUGCUGGAGGAGAAAGCUGCCUUGCAGAGCGUUCGCAGCCACUCAGUGAUGGAGCUGAUUCAGAGCCAGACUCUCCGCUGGCAGCUCCUCACCAUCUUUGUUACCUUCACUGCACUGCAGCUCUGUGGCAUCAAUGCCGUGUACUUUUAUUCUUUUGAUGUGUUUCGUGCGGCAGGAAUCCAAGAAAACCAGUUAAACUACGCGGCGCUGGGAACAGGGCUGUGUGAGCUGUCCACCUCUGUAGCCUGUUUCAUGAUUAUUGAGAAUACAGGAAAAAAGGUCCUGAUCUUCAGAGGAUACAUGGGAAUGUCCGUGACACUGAUCCUCCUCACCAUCACCUUGUACUUUCAAAAACAGGUCUCCUGGAUGCCGUACUGCAGCAUGGUCCUCAUUUUCAUCUUCAUUUUCUUUUUUGCCAGUGGACCAGCUGGAGUAACAGCUCCUCUUCCUGGGGAAUUAUUUACUCAGUCAUUCAAAUCAGCUGGAUAUACAAUCGCCUGCACUCUGAACUGGACGGGCCUGUUUGUGCUGGGGAUGCUCUUCCCUAUCAUAGUGGAGAAUCUGGAUUACUUUUGUUUUCUCGUCUUCCUGUUUUUCUCUGCCGGCUGCGGGCUGUAUGUGAGGUUCAACGUGCCUGAGACCAAGAAUCAGACAGCGCUGGAGAUCGCUGCAGAGUUUCAAAAGAUGCACAGCAAGUCUGAAGAAUCACAGAAGAAAAACGACACUGACCACAAACUAAAUGGAAUCAAAACAUAUGAGACUAAAUUGUGAUUAUAUUCGCCAAGGUAAUAAGGUGUCAAACAGCUAACAUCUGAAAAGACGUUACUUACACCCUUUUCUGGGACAAAAUAUUCACUGUAGCCACUAAGCUAAAAGCAAACAAAUCAGACAUAACAUUGCGAUGGUUUACAUGUCAGUGUACUUGUAGAUCCAGUUCUUUUUCAGAGAUUUUCUAGGCUGUCUACAGACUAAUAAUUGAACAAUGAAACCAGUUAAUACUUUUAUGAGCUUCAGCCUCCUGGAGCUGCUACCUCCCUCUGCUGGAGGAGAAUUUCACAGUUACAUAAUUGUUCUCAGGUAAAGAAAAAUCACAUGCUGAAAUGUUUCUAACAGUGGAGGAACAUACUGGAGCUGAGGGUGACGGCACAACCCAUCCUGAUGGUUUUGACAGACAACAUGUGAUCAAUGCACCUGAAUCAACCAUUAUUAAUGUCAAAAGGUCAUAUAGUUCCUCCCACCAAGACAGCUAACAUCCUCACUCUGUUCCUCUGUAACUCUCUAACAAAUGAUUAAGACUUGUUUCACAUACUGCAUUUAACGCAGUGGAUGAAAGGUUUAUUUGCUUAUGAUCUCUGAAAUGGACUUUGGUCACUUAUCAAUCAUGUGAACAGCCUCAUUGUCCUGAGUGGCCUCAAACUCUGAAAGAGCAACAAAAGUCAAAGAGAUGGACAGUAUUUGUAAUAUUGAAAUGAAGAAAUGUAGAGCUGCUGCCUCUAAAAUUAACACAGACAUGAAGUAAAACAUGCUAAAACACAUUAAACAUUUCAAACAUGAAACUGGACUAAUGCCUAUUUCUACUAUUGUCAGCCGAUCAGCCUGACAAAAACAAGAGAUUUGCAUUGAAUGAAAUCUGUUUUGAGGCAAGUAUUGUCACUUCUACUUAAUUAUUAUUAUUGGUGUAGCUUAUUAUUGGAGGAUUAUUUUCCAUAAUCCUUCACUGUGCUGAGCAACUGCUUCCUCUUUCCCUGCAGAUUCCAGAGAUACUAG